CUUAGCCACUGAGUUUUCACAUGUCUAUAUAUAUUCACUUCUGAGAAUCAACCUGGGGUCUUUCAUGAACUAACCAACUUCCAAGAUCGCUGAUUUUGUCAAUUAAGCUAGCUGCUAGCUAUAGAAAACUCUUCUUUUAUCAUUUGGACGUUGCAAGAGAUUAAAAAAAAAAAAAACCUUAAUGGAUAUAUAUGAGCCGUUCCAGCAAGUUAGCAUGUGGGGGGACAGCUUUAAAGUUGAUGGUGGCCUUGGUUCAAUUGCUUCCCCAAUGUUAAUGGAAAACACUAGCAUGGAGAGCAAGUCUGAGUAUAUUCCUAACGAAUCAAGAGAGCCUUCUGGAGCAGAUCAAGAGACUACAAAUAAAGGUGUUAGUAAGGUGCUAAGACGCCUAGCUCAGAAUCGAGAGGCUGCGAAAAAGAGUCGGCUGCGGAAAAAGGCUUAUGUUCAACAACUAGAAACAAGCCGUUUGAAGCUCAUGCAAUUGGAGCUAGAGAUUGGGAAAGCAAGGCAGCAGGGUCUGUAUAUAGGCAGUUCAUUAGAUGCCAGUUACACGGGAUCAUCCGAAACAAUAAACCCAGGGAUUGUUGCAUUUGAAAUAGAAUAUGGACAUUGGGUUGAAGAGCAACACAGGCGGAAUGAAGAACUUAGACAUGCAUUUCAAACUCAAGCAUCUGAAGGACAACUCCAUCUACUUGUUCAGAAUGUCUUAAACCAUUACUCAAAUCUUUUCAGAAUGAAAGCAGAUGCUGCAAAGGCUGAUGUCCUUUUCUUAAUCUCUGGUGUGUGGAAAGCAUCAGUGGAGCGCAUUUUCCUUUGGAUUGGAGGGUCUCGCCCGUCACAGCUUCUAAAUAUAAUCGUGCCACAACUUGAGCCUUUGACUGAUCAACAAAUUGCUAGUAUUAACAAUCUCCGGCUCUCAUCUCAGCAAGCGGAAGAUGCUCUUUCACUAGGACUGGAUAAACUCCAGCAGAGUCUGGUCCAUGACAUGGCAGUGGAUCGAUUUGGUGUAGGAAACUUUCGACUUCAGAUGGCUGUUGCUGCGGAAAAAUUUGAGGCAUUAGAAGGUUUUGUAAACCAGAUCACCUUAGGCAACAAACUCUGCUGCACAUGUCACGCAUCCUGUCAACUCACCAAGCUGCUAGGGGCUUACUGGCUCUUGGGGAAUUCUUUCACCGUCUUCGUACUCUUUGUUCUCUUUGGGCUGCUCGUCCAUGUGAUCUUACACCUUAAAGGAAGAAACCUGCUUCUGCUUCAACUUCAACUUCAACUUCAACUGGAUGAUCAACCAUGUGCUUUACUGAACAGUUACGCAAGUUUUGGAUAUCAUCAUAUGAGUAUGAAUGUGAAGUAAAUGCUGUGUAGUGUACUACUAUGAAGCAAAAUCGUGAUUUACAGCUUUUGAGAGUAUGCUUGUACAUAAG